AUGGCUCCGGGUGAUCUAGUGGAUAUUACCACUGCCUGUUAUGCACAGGGGAAUUUCAAUGUUCUAGGAGUGGUGGUUGAUACCCUACCACUCUAUCGGACCAAAGGCUCAUCAGCAUGCAUCACAUUCACCAUCAAAGACUCUGAUUUUGAUGCACCAACCUGGCAAGGCGGUCUCAAAGUCAAAUAUUUCAAUGACGAUGAGAGCAAUCUUCCCAAUGUCAAGCUCAACGAUGUAGUCCUACUUCGAGAUGUCCGGGUGACAGUUUACCAGAACAAACCUACAGCGGUUAUUUCCCAGCGAUCAAUUGUAUCAUGGGUCAUUUUUCGACCAGAGCCAAGUUCGACUUCCAGCCCGUUCGUCAUCAGUGGUCCCAUUCCUUUCGAGCCGAGUCUAAAAGAGAAAGACCAGGCACAAUCACUUCUAGACCGUGUAUCUGGUGAAGGAACCACUGUGCAACAUUCCACGUCGUGCAGUGUACCCGUCUCUCGGCAGGCUUCUCAUGUUCAGGCCUCUCGUCCACUCGUAAAAUCCGGAGGGUUGCCGUAUAUCCCUAUUCAGUCCGCGAAGGCUGGCAAAUUGUGUCAAUUACUUGGCCAAGUUGUGAGCCUCAAUACUUAUGACAGCCAAAAGUGUCUACUAUACAUCACUGAUUUCACUGAGAACGAGGAGCUUGUCAACUACAAAAAACCCGGAGAUGAAGAUGAUGAAUCAGGCCCUGAGGGAGACCGAUUUAAUUACAUACACAAGUCAAAGGGCUGGCCAGGUCCUUGGGGCCAAUUGACCCUUGAAGUGACUUUAUGGGAGCCGCAUGCUACCUAUGCCCGAGACCACCUCAAGGCAGGCGAUGUCGCUUUGUUGACCUAUGCCCGUAUCAAGGAAUGCCGUCGUGGCUUGGAAGCUGCCGUUCAUGAAGACAGAGUGUACCCGGAAAAGAUCCAUGUCCGGAAGGUGAAUGGUAGCACUGAUGAGCGUGUACAAGAAUUGAUGAACCGUCGGACAGAAUAUUGGAAGAUCCACGGUGAACCCAAGGCCGAGACUAAAAAGGCCAAGAAAAGGAACAAGAAAGUAGAGCAGAAACGGGAAGCCCGGAAAGAAGAAGGCCAACUGACCAUGCCAGCAGCAUCACGCAUUAGGUUGAAUCCACAUGUGCCGAAUGUCCCUCUCGAGAAGAUUUUGUUGGCAGAAACCCAUCUAAACAAUGCUCCAGGGGGCGCUGUCUACCGACUACCCUUUCAAAACGUCACAUAUCACUCCCAAGUCCGAGUAGUCGACUUCUUUCCCCCAAGGGUAGAAGACUUUGCAGUUCAAACCAAUACCGAGUCACAAUUCGGCUGGGAGUGGCGGUUUUGUCUGCUUGUGGAAGGCGUUGAGCCCAAACCUUCCAAACAGCCCCGAGAAGUGAUGAAGCUCUAUGUGUGCGGUCAAGAUGGUGAUUUUCUUCUUGACGAUAAUGCAUUCAACCUCCGUGACUAUCCAUCAAGAUUGGACGCGAUAAAAGAGAAGCUCUUCCUUCUAUGGGGCAAUCUCGAGGAGGAAAAGUCGAAAGCCAUGGCUUCUGAUCAACAGAGUUGGGGACCAGUGCAGUCGCGCCCAUUCGAGUGCUGCAUCAAGGAAUACGGCGUUCAGUGUACCCAUAGCAAAGGCCCUGAUUUCAUGGAUGUCGACGGCGAGGUGUGCAGCCACCCUGAUUGUUUUGGAUGGGAGAGACGUUUUGCCAUGUUCGGCACGACUAUCCACACAUAA